ACAUUCUUUAUAGCAAUCUCUGAAUAACUUAGCACAGGUCUGAGGGACAGAGUGCUGCAGAUUUAGGUUGUUGGGUUGGCGCUUGAGGGGAAGCCAGCGCCUCACAUGCUUGUCUAAACGUGAUACGAGGAAGAGAAGGGAGUUCCUGAGAGGAGCUACUCCAUCUGAAGAUGCAUCUCUCAGCAUGGCUUUUCUGGGCGGCAUGCUUGUGCACCUGGGUGGAGGCUUCUGGCCGCUGCCAGUGCCGCUGCACCUGCUCGCCGGAGGAGCAGCAGCUACAGGUGGGACAGGGGUCAGAGAGGUCAGAUGGCAGAAGGCGUGACCACCGCCGCCUGGCACACGAGCGUCCGUCACGGAAAGACAGGGGUCAUCGCCGGAAAGGUUCCAGGCCACACCCAGACGAAGAGGUCCCCCAAAUAGUGCACCACCCUUCAGAUGUGGUGGUGCGGGUGGGUAGCCCCGCCACGCUGUCGUGUCGGGCCGAGGGCAACCCCGAACCCUCCAUCCAGUGGCUCCGCAAUGGUGUCCCCCUAGAACCAGAGAAGAUGGAAGGGCAAUCACGACCCAUCAUCCUGCCUGAGGGCAGCCUCUUCUUCCUCAGCGUGGUCCCUGGGAGGAAGAGCCAGUCACAUGAAGCAGUGUAUGCCUGUGUUGCCCGAAACAGUGCUGGUACCGCUACCAGCAGGAAUGCCUCUCUGCAUAUCGCAGCUCUGCGUGAUGAGUUUCGUGUGCAGCCCAGUGAUGUGGACGUAGCUGUGGGUGAGGUGGCAGUGAUGAACUGCAGCCCACCUGUAGGACAUCCUGAACCCAAUGUCUUCUGGAAGAAAGAUGGCAUCCUAAUCAACACCACAGACGAGCAUUACACUGAGCUCAAUGGGAAGUUGAUAAUAGCUCCGGCUCGGAAGCAGGACUCCGGAGUGUAUGUGUGUGUGGCCUCAAACAUCGUUGGAGUCAGAGAAAGCAAUGCAGCCAUGCUGUCAGUCAUGGAGAAGCCUGUGAUGCUGAUUGAGCCGCAGGAUGUUUCUGUGCGGCUGAGCGAGUCAGCUCGGUUUUACUGCAAGGCUCAGGGAGACCCCACGCCUGAGGUGAAGUGGAGCAGAGAGCAGGGGGCGCUACCCAACGGCAGGUAUCUGGUUAACCCAGACCAGAGUCUUCAGAUCCACUAUGUGACGUUGCAGGACGCGGGCAGGUACACCUGUACUGCGGUCAAUGACGUAGGAGUGGCUACAGCCAGCGCUCAGCUGUUUGUUGAAGAUGCAGGCAGCAGCAGCCAGAGGGAGCUGCAUAAAGAGCUUUCUGCUCUACGGGUCAGUCUGGAGAACGUCACUGUUCUGAGAACUGCGUCUAAUGUUUCACAGGUCAUGUGGAAGCUUCAGUCACCACCCUCUCCAACGCACUACCUGGAGGGCUUUGAGGUGCUGUACCGCUCCCUGCUGCCUGCCAGUUCAGACUGGGCUGCUCAGAGAGUGCCCCAGCCUGCACUCCAGACACAUGUGGGACCUCUAAAGAGGGGCUACAAGUACGAGUUUAAAGUCCGCCCAUACGGGGGUGAUCUAUACGGCAGAGAGAGCAACACCAGACACCUGAGAGUUCCAGAGACGAUUCCCAGUGCUCCUCCUCAGGAAGUGUCCAUAAUGGUGUCCACGGACCGUAACGACACAGCCCAUCUAAGCUGGCUGCCUCCACCUCAUGAGGCUCACAAUGGGAUUAUUCAAGGAUAUCAGGUGUGGUGUGUACAGGAAGAGGAUCAGCAGUAUCUGAACUGGACAGUUGACAGUGGCACGCACAGUCUGGAGAUCAGCCCACUGCAGCCUGGCAAGCAUUACUGGCUCAGAGUGGCAGCGGUCAAUGGGGCCGGUAUUGGAGCCCAGAGCAAUCCAUACAAACUGCUCAUAGAGUCGAGGCAGCCAUCAACGUCAUAUCACAAAAAUGCGCUGAAUCUGUCUGAUGUGUUGGCAAUAAUAAGGGAGCCCAUAUUUAUUGGCAGUGUUGGUGCCCUCUUGUGGUGCGCACUAAUGGCUGCAGCUGUUUGUCUGUAUAGAAAACACAUCAGACCUGCCAAUCUGGGAGGAGGACAUCACAACAGAGCAGGUUUAUACCGACUGGCUAGUGAGGAUUUGAUAAUCAAGCACAGGAUGGCAGCUCCAGAUUCUCCGUGGAUCUCUGGAGGCUGGAAGCCAGACACCAGCAGUGAUCAGUACCGGAGCCUCUGGGCCCAGGAGAAUCAAGGCUUGAAGAGAACCACUCUACCCAUAACAGCCAAAAAUGACUCAAGCCCUCUGGAGGCAGCUGUCCCCAUAGUACCAGACAACCGUGGCGUCUACGGCACCUUCUACGUGGAUCUGACCAGUAACAAUCUGAAAACGUUUAACAGUCCAGCCCAGCGCCCCAAAAUGCCCCACAGCAACACAGAGCAGCAUCAGAACUCAGAGACCAUACGCAUCUGUCAGCCUGUCGCCAAGGCACCUGUAACCAAGGAGGGGCAAGUGAUGCCAUGGAAACGGGCCCUCCCAGCCCAGCCCAAUAUGGGAGUUCGAAAAGAAUCCUGGGAGAAGAACUGCAAAAGAGAGCUACAUGCAGUGAACAGUGCUCCAUUAGUGCAUCAACAGGCCCUGAUGGUGCGCAAUGCCCCUUUCAAUCAUAAACACAGGCUCAGCCAGCAUCCAGGUGGCGCAUCAGAGAAUGUGAAGCCGUUCGGUUCUCCCAGGAUUCUGCACUACUCAGCCUCGCUGCACUUGGUGGACAUGCUGCCCAGCCCUCCUCCGCUGCCCAUGGAGGACAGCCAGAGUGUCAGCUCAGAGGAAGGGUCCAGCCGAUCCACUAAGCUGACGGUGGACGCAGGUUCUCUGCAGUCUGUGUGCGCUGCGUCCACUCUGCAGGGGCCUGCUACCGUUGCAACCGGCUGCCCCUCUCAGAGAAGCGCUUCUUACAGCCACCUUUCCACCGCCUCCUUCUGCCUGUCCACUGAUGACUGCCAUGACUCCACGCUCAGCACUCAAGCCCACGAGUACCUGGAGCUCAGCCCCAAACCACACAGAUGCAGCUCCCUGUCUGAGAAGCCCCCCUCCUUGCCCCGUCCGUUUUCCCCCACACCAACGUUUGGCUACAUCUGUGGACCCUCUGAGCGGGAGAUGGUGGAUGUGGAUGAUGAGUCUCUGUCAGUGGGGCUCAGGAGCGCUGCCCUGAGGAGCACGCCCUCGUCCUCCUACAGCGAAUGGGAGGGGUCUCUGUGGAAUGGGUGGGGUUCCGUCUCUGAGGGAAACAUGCCGAGUGCACGGACCAGCAUCAUCAGUUCUUCAGACGGCUCGUUCAUGAACGACGCGAACUUCGCUCGAGUCCUGGCCAUGACAUCAGAGUCUAUGAAUGGAACGUUAUCAGUAGACUUCUCCCCGCCGGGCUCUCCUCUGAGCAUGCUGUUCCCCCCGCGGGACUGUUUCGGGGAGGUGGACCCCCUACCCGUGUGGGACUGGAGCACAACCUGGGUGGAGGAGAUGGAGGCCCAGUUCAGAGCAUCCAGAGGAGCCACUGGAUCAUCCAGACAGGAGCACUGGGGAGAUUUCUCACACAGCAAGCUGGGCCUCCACAAGACUAACUCACAGCGAUGAUCACAUUCCUCACAAAAAUGUGUCUGAGUCAGACACUGGACUACGUUUCUCACAGUUCCCUCAGCCUCAGAACACUGUUUAUAUUGGGACUACAUUUCCCAUAGUCCCUUAGGGCAGCUUCUGUUUCUCACCCGAUGGUGCAUUCGGACGGUCCUCAACAAGCUGGUAAAUUGUCAUGUCACUAAAUCAUAACUGCCGGCUUGUUCUGGUGGUCAUCAGCAACUGGUAAAUGUAUCAUGCACUAGUAGCGCUGUCAUAAUGAUACAAUUAUUCAUUGCAAUGAACCAAAUUAGGUUGUGUAGUUAAUGGUAAUGAAUUAUUUCUCUUAUUUUCUCAAGUUCGGCCCUAAAAUGUUUUUUCCAUUUUAAAAGUAGUGCAUUUUAUUACAGCUAUAUGAGUGGAUGAGUUUAUUGCUUUCAAUAUUUCAAGCACUGUCAUCAUGUGAGCUCAGGGUUCACCUGAACCUGAACAUGGAAAUCAUGCUAUUUUGUAUAUGAUAUAUACAGUCAAUGGUUACAACUCCUUCAUGAUUGUAGCUUCUCACUCUUGUUUAAACAGCUCAUGGAUUCUGUUUUAGCUCUGGAGGGGAACUGUAGCUUUAUAUUUUGAUAUUACUUUUGUUCAUUAAUUCACCCAUACAUAUAUAUAUAUAUAUAUAUAUAUAUCAUUUUUAAUGUUCUACACAUGUAAAGUGUGGCUGGUGUUUUAAAAUGAUAUUUAAAAAAAAAAACAACAGGUCAGCAGGAUAUAUGUGCAGAGUAGUUGUAUUAAGGGGCUUUCAACACUUAGAGUCAGAGCUGAGAUCAACACACAAGCAUGCGGCUACACAUAAGGAGAGCCUACAAUCAAAAACCCAAAAACAGAGCUGAAAGAAACUGAAGAAAAUGCUUUAUAAUGCUCAUGGGAACAGCAAACUGACAAACUGAGAGGUGUAUUUAUGGUCCAAUGGCAUCUCUCACUGCAAAAACAUUUUUAUUGUUCGCUGAUUAAUACAGCCUGCCUAGCGUGUAGGGACAGGACAUUAUAUAUUUAUAUUUGCUGCACUGUUUGCCAAUUUUAUUAAAGGUUUUUGCUCAUAACCUGGAGCUAUAGAACUUCUAAGCCACUUGUGCUUAUAACUUUGCCAGCAUUUUUGUGCUGAGCUCAAAUUCAUGAUGCCCGUCCAAAUGCACCUUCAGUUAUGGUUCUGAUGGAUAUUUUAGGAAGGUCAGAAAAUAAAAUGAAAAAAAGUAUAUAAGCACAUAAGCGGUGAGGUUUUUGCAGUGUAUUUCAGGUUGCUUACAGCGGCCAAGCUAAAAUGAAAAGCACUGUGAAAACGAAUUGCUAUUCAUGUAAAUAAACCUCUUUUUAUUUAAUAUGCAGUAUAUUGAAUACUGUUAUAUAAUAGCCAUUUGAAAAGCACAGGAAAUAAUUUACAAGGUUUUAUGUGUUUGUUUUUGUCAGAGAAGUUCCGAUUGAAUUCUUUGGAUAUAUAGAAACACUUGUAGUUGUGUUUAUUUUUUUCGCCACCUGAGAUUGAUGCAAAAUUAGUUAUUUGAAUUGUUAAAACUUGUAGUGUCCCAGUUUAACUGUUGUUUUUAUUAUAUUAAGAUUGACAGCUAUUAUUUCAAUAAGACUUUACUGUAAGACAGUGUUGAUAAGGUUACAUGACACUUACAUAAGCUCAUUAUGACAGCUGACAUUUAUAAAGGCUUAUUUCCAUGGGUGUCAUUUGUUAUCAGGGUUGAAUUAGCCAGUUUUGAUGUCUAGUUGAGCAUCAGCGUUAUAUUGCCAUGAUAUACACUAAGCUACACAGUUUGUUAUUAUGUGCUCAACUAAAGUAAUAAGACACAACACAAUGUCUGAAAACAUCACUGUCAUUUGAUAUAGAUGUUGACUUGACAUCAGCAUUGAUGAGAGCAGGCUUUAUGAUAGAUGAUGUCUAUUGGAAUAAGCCUUUAUAAAUGGUAUAUAUGGUUAUAGAUGACGUUAUGGCAGGCUUAUAUAGGAGUCAUGUAGCCUUAUGACCACUGCCCUACAGUAAAGUCUUAUCCUUAUUUCUUCGCUGUUUUUUUAUAGAUUGCUCUACUAAAAUAUUAUUUGACUUUUUCUAUAUUUACUAAUUCCACAUUUUGCCCCUUAAAGCUUUUUUAAUACAAAUAAAGUGUGCCUUGGUGAUAGCGAA